AUGAGUUCUGCCCAGGGCACUUCCACCUCUGCAGUUCUAUCUUCAUUGGUGGCCAACUUGAUUCUUUGUGGAAUCUUUGUUGGCUGCUUCCUUGUGCUUAGAUUGAAGUUCAAGAGAAUCUAUGCACCAAAAUCUUCCUUCGAUCUUGUCGACGAAGAAAAGAAACCAGAACCUUUGCCCAAAGACCCCGUCAGAUGGAUCUUUAUUCUUUUGACCAAGCCGCACUCCUUCAUUAUCCAGCAAUGUGGUCUUGACGGUUACUUCUUUUUGCGUUACCUUUUCAUUUUCUGUCUCACCUUCACCGGUGGUAUCCUCAUUUGGACUGUGUUGCUUCCCAUCAAUGCCGUCCACGGUAAAGGCAACAAUGGGUUGGACCAGUUAUCCAUCUCCAAUGUGAAACACCGCAAAAGAUACUACGCUCAUGCAUUCAUCUCGUGGUUUUUCUAUGGCACUGUCAUCUACAUCAUCUACCGUGAGUUGUUCUUCUUCAACUCUUUCAGAGCUGCCGUAUUGUCUUCGCCUAGGUACGCCAAGAAAUUGUCCUCUAGAACAGUGUUGUUUCAGUCUGUACCAGAUGCUUGGUUGGACGAGAAACAAUUCUUCAAGUUGUUCAACGGUGUCAAGAGAAUUUACAUUCUGAGAAACAUCCGUCUCUUGAACCACAAAGUGCGUCAAAGAGAGGAUAUGGCCAUCAAGUUGGAAGCGGCAACCUCAAAGUUGUUGAAGACAGCAAUGAAGGCGAAAAUAAAGGCGGACAAGAAGAACAUUACUGUCGAAAACCCCGAAAACAUCGACCUGUGGGUGCCGGAGAAAAAGAGACCCAGACACAAGGUGAAUGGUUUUUUCUCUAAGAAAGUCGACUCCAUCAACUACUAUCGUCAACAGCUCCCAUUACUCGACAACGAUAUCUACAGAUUGCAGAAAAACUACAGAAAGUACCGGCCCAAGAACUCCAUCUUUGUGGAGUUUGAAAACCAGUACAUGGCCCAAUUGGCAUAUCAGUCCGUUGUGCACCACAACCCAUUGAGAAUGUCUCCUGUUCACACCGGAGUAGAACCUGGUGAUGUUGACUGGGACAAUAUGCGUCUUUUCUGGUGGGAAAGGAUCACCAGAAAGGCUAUUGCUGUCGCUAGUAUUACUGCUGUUGUUAUUUUCUGGGCUUUUCCUGUGGCCUUUGUCGGUGUUAUCUCGAACAUUAACUACUUGACGAACAAGAUUCACUGGUUGAGAUGGAUCAACGAUAUUCCUGGCUGGAUUCUUGGUGUGAUUACUGGUUUGUUGCCUACUGUGAUGUUGUCUCUUUUGAUGUCUAUCUUGCCAAUGUUCAUCAGAGGCAUGGCAAAAGUUGCUGGUGCAAUUUCCGCUCAAGAAGUAGAGAUGUUCACUCAAUCGGCAUACUUUGCGUUUUUACUUGUCAACGGUUUCCUUGUUACUGCCUUAGCAUCCUCGGCUACAGCUACUGUCACGAGAAUUAUUGAUAACCCAUCAUCUGCCUUGUCCAUUUUAGCAUCCAGUUUGCCCAAGGCUUGCAACUUCUACAUCUCGUACCUUAUUUUGCAAGGUUUGACCGUGGCUGGAGGUGCCUUGUUCCAAGUUGUGGGUCUUUUCUUGUACUACAUUUUAGGCAAGCUUUUCGACAAGACUCUCCGGAAAAAGUGGGCCAGAUUUUCUGGUUUGGGAACUGUGGCCUAUGGUACAGCUUUCCCCCAAUUCACCAUCUUGGCCAUCAUCACGCUCGCCUUUUCCAUCAUCGCCCCAAUGAUAUUGCUCUUUGCCGCAGUGGCUUUCGCCUUAAUUUACAUCGCCUAUUGUCACAACUUGACCUACGUGUUUGUUGAGGGCCCUGAUUCUAGAGGUGCACACUAUCCUGUGGCAUUGAUGCAAACUUUUACUGGUAUUUACAUUGGCCAGAUUUGUUUGUUGGGUCUUUUCGUUGUGGGUAAAGGUUGGGGACCAAUUGUCGUUGAGGCAAUUGGUCUCGGUUUCACCAUUUUUGCCCACAUCCAAAUCAAAGCUGCAUUCAACCGUUUAUUGACUGUUGUUCCAAUCGAUGCCAUGAAGUCUUUGGAUGGCUACUCUCAUACGCCAUCUUACGAUGGCGAAAGUGAUUACAAGACAAAAGUUUUGGCCAAACAUCAUAAGUCUUAUGAAGAAAAGAAGGAGGAGAAUGAAGUGGAGCAUAACUUGGAGGAAAACGUUGAAAACGGCCAAAGCCUUGUACCUUUAAUGGCGGAUCGUGAAUCAAAAUCCGUCAAGGCUGACAACUUCCUCAUCAGAUGGAUUAGACCAGAUAUCUUUUUGAACUAUAGCCAUGCCAAACAGUUGAUCCCAGCUACAUAUAACAUUGAGCCGGAAAUCCAAGAUAACAAGCAUGCGUAUGAACAACCAUUUAUUUCGGCGAAGAUGCCCACUUUGUGGAUUCCAAAAGACCCUAUGGGCUGGUCUACACAAGAAAUCAAGGAAAACUCGUCUUUUGUUACCAUGUCAGAUGAAAACUCUGGCUUUACUGAGAAGGGCAACAUUGUUUACCUUGGCAAGCCGCCAUACUAG